UUAACCUGUUUCAUAAGAGGCGACUAUCUUCCCGGAGAGAUUAGAUGGCUGCUCUUAAGACUAGGCCCCAAGUAAAUAUGCUCACUGUGUUGGCAAUACAAGAGGUCAGAUGGAUGAAGAAUCAGGCAGAUCUCUGUGGCUCAGAGAAUGUAGCGAGGAAACAGCAGAAGAAAUAGAAGGCCAUGUGACGGGAACUAUCCCAGAAUGGUUAGAAGGACGAGUCAUACGGAACGGCCCGGGCACUCUGCAUGUUGGCAAUACCCAGUACCACCACCUCUUUGAUGCUCUGGCCCUGCUUCACCAGUUUAACAUAUCCUCCAGCCGAGUAACAUAUCGCUCCCGCUUCCUCGAAAGUGAUGCUUACCAGAAAAACAAGGCUGCCAACCGAAUUGUCAUCACAGAAUUUGGAACGGCAGCCUACCCAGAUCCGGGCGGAAAACGUUUCAGGCAGUUUAAAAAUGCCCUCAUGAUCCCAACGACCGACAAAGUUAUGUCAGACAAUUGCUCGAUCAACAUAUGCCAGGCCAAGGACGAAAUGUUUGCCCUGACAGAAUCAUGCUAUGUUCGACAGAUAGACCCUGAGACUCUCAAGACAAUUGGGGAUAAGAAAAACUUGACAAAGUACAUCGCUGUCAAUAUGGCUACGGCUCAUCCUCACAUAGAUCUAGAUGGAACUGUCUACAACAUGGGAUCCUCCUUCACCAACCUCAACGGAACUUGUUACAGCAUCAUCAAAAUGCCUAAUGGCCAACUCAAGGAUGCCAAAGUUGUGGCUUCAGUCCCUUCCCACAGAAAGCUUGAGCCAUCCUAUUUCCACAGCUUUGCAAUGACGGAAAAUUACUGGGUUUUUGUCGAGCAGCCUCUGGUUUUAAAACUUGGCAAAAUCAUUGAAGGGACCAUCAUCAAUAGAUGUCCUGCAGAGUCCAUUAAAUGGAUGUCAGAUGAAGACACCUUCUUCAGGAUAGUUGAAAGAUCUUCUGGCCGCAUAGUACCAGUGUGUUACAAGUCACGUGGGUUUUCUACCUUCCAUCACGUCAAUGCCUGGGAACAGGAGGGUCAGAUAUUUCUGGAUCUCUGUGGCAAUCUGGAAGAAAAAGUUGUUGAUAGUUUGUGGGUUAAAAAUAUUGAAAAGCAUCCGGAUGACCCCAGCCGUUUAUCUUCACACCCGAACUUCUUACGUUUCGUCCUCCCGGUAGCUGGUGUCGGAGCAGCAAGAGCAGGGGACAACUUGGUCAAGAAAGGCUGCAGCACUUGUACAGCAAUCAAGCAAAAUGACGGCUCUGUACUCUGUUCCUUUGAAAAAGUAUGCGCAGAAACAUUUGAACUACCGAGAAUAAAUUACAAAAGGAAUGGAAAGCCUUACAGGUAUGCGUACGGAAUGAGUGCCAAAGAACGGGCACUUAUGUUUGAUAGAAUUGUUAAAGUUGAUGUUAAAACCGGACACACCACAGAGUUUGCAGAGGAAGGAUAUGUUCCAUGUGAACCAAUUUUUGUGCAGGCCCCGGACUGCAACAAGGAAGACGACGGUGUAAUUCUAACGACUCUGCUGAAGAAGGGCGAUCCUUCCUUUGUAGCUUUAUUAGUUUUAAAUGCAAGAGAUAUGACAGAGUUGGGAAGGGCAGAGUUCAGAGCCAAAGGUGAGGUUCCGCAGUCUUUCCAUGGGCAAUAUAUUGGCACCAAAGACACCAUACAUAUAUACUAGUUUUUAGAAUGCUUUACUUACCGUAUAGAGAUGCUAGGAAAUUGGAGUUAACAAGUUGUCGCUUAAUCUUGUGAUGCAAAAAUAUUCAAAGUGAAUUUAACAUUUUCAAUUUACAGUAAAGCUGGUUAGUUUCUUAAGCAAAAAAUUUAAAUGGGCUACUUUUUACAUACAUUGUAUUCUUCACCAUCUUAUCUUUAUUUCCACAUCCUUUCUUUACACAUUUGCAAUUUGUUAGUAGUAGUACUUGUAAAUGUGUCAGCAUCAGAUGACACAUACGGAAAUAUUCAUCAAAAGUUUGUUCAGUGCAACAAAUUUUCUCUCAAGCAAAUAAAAAAAAAACUUUU